UGUGCUUGUGCUGGUCUCUUCCCUCCAGCAGUCGACUUCUUUCUCCACGACCACGCACCACCAGGCCGGCACUGACCGACCACCACCGUGCAAGAUCAAUGGAGUGGGAACCGGAGCAGCAGGAUCUCGGGGGCCUCGGGCUCGCCGGCAUCUGUCGAGAGAUCUACCGGGUGGUCUUCCCCUCCAUCCUCCCCUACGCGGCGGCCGGCGUGGAAGCCGCGCUUCUCUCUGCACUUUUGCUCGCGCACAUCGCCGCUUUCCACGGCAUCGACUCCCUCCUGACCAACGACGGUUUCCACUUCGUCGUUUUCCUCGCCGGGUUACUCUUCGAGGUCGUCUCGAUAAUCGGCAUCGCCUUCUCCUCGCUCGCCUGCACCGCCAUCUACGUGUUCCACAUCGCCUCCCUCUACUGUACCCAGGGCGACCUCCGCGCUUCCCAGAGCCUCCUGCGGCACCUUCCCCGUGUCCCCCUCACGCGCCUCGCCUCUACCUUCUUCCUCGCACUCGUACUCGCCUUUGUCAUAUUGUACGUCUCCCUCGCCGCCUUGCUCCUGCUCCACUACGAGGUCGGCGUCGGCCUACCGCUGCAGCUGCUGGGCGUGGCCGCUUGCCUCGCCGGAGUGGCCUACGUCGCCCCGUUGCUCCACCUUGCCUGCGUCGCGUCGGUGCUCGAGGACGCCGUCGAAUUUGCCGCUCUGCGCAAGAGCCGCGCGCUCCUCGCCGGCAAGUUCUGGCCCGCGGCGGCCGUCUUCCUCACGCUCGACGGCUGCUUCCUCGCCCUGCAGCUGGCCUUCCCGCGGCUGGUGCUGGGCGACGCGCUUGGCCUCGGCCUCGGCUUCCAGCUGGCCGCGGGAGUGGCGGUGUUCGUGGCUCUGUGGGCGGUGGUGCUGCUGACGCUGGCGGCGCAGCCGGUGAUCUACAUUGUGUGCAAGAACCACCAUCACGAGGUGGUCGACAAGGUCCACCUCGACUACAUCGGAGAGUAUGAGCGGCUCGCCGUCGACGGCGACAACGGCGUGGAGCUGCAGCCGGUGACGACGGAGCAGAUCCCUGAAACUACUGCCUAGCUAGCCGCGUCCUGCAUGUCGACGACUCCACCACGGUAGUACUACGAACUAAGCUUUCUCUCUACUAGUACCUAAGCUAGCUCCAAGAUGAUUUGAGACGAUUCAUAAGAUCUUGCAGUCGUAUGAUGUGUAUUAUAUGUCUGAUCCGCUUGUCAGUGUAGAAAGACAUGCAUGCUAGUCGUAUGAUGUGUAUUAUAUGUCUGAUCCGCUUGUCAGUGUACAAAGACAUGCAUGCUGGUAGUUGGGAUUAUAUAAUGUGCUGAGUGCAAAAUUAUACUCAUGGAUCAAAGUAAAUGCAGUAGGAUGAACAGUAUGGCCAUAUGCACCAAUUCAAGUGUUUGAUUUGUUCAAAUUUUCUUUUCCCAAGCAACCCUUACCUUGAGAAAAUCAAUACAUGGAUCCACGGUCCGUGGUUACUUUAAGAUUUGU